GCUAACGGCCCUGUUUUUCCCCCUCCAUCACAUGUUCUUCUUGCCCACAACAGCUCCAAAACGGUCAACCUCUUUUUCUUCCACAGUCGCAAUCACUCUCGAGAAUUUCGCUCAGAUAAGACAACUGUUUCAUUCUUUGUGUACCUGAACGAUCACUUUUUGAUCAGUACACCUACAUCCUCUUCCUCAAUCACCACCAAAGCACACCACGCCGCAUCCCGAGCAAGCAAAGAUGGCUUCUUACGCCGAUAUUGCAGCCAAGAACUCGUAUCAGACUCCAGAGGAGGCCGCGGCUCCUCAGCAGCCCGAGAUCAUCCCUAACGAGUCCGCCCACAUGUCCACUGGCAGCUUGAUCGAUGUCGACUCCCAGAGCGUCCGCACCGUCCCCUCCGACUUUAUGGAACAGGAAGUCCAGACCACCACCCAGCAGGAGCGCAUAGAGCGCGAGGCUGAGGCCGCCGAGCUGCGGGAGAAGGCCGCCGUCAAGAAGGAGAAGGCCAAGAACAAGGCGCACAAGGCCGACCACUGGCUGAUCAACAAGAUCGCGUCGCUCUCCGACAACGAGGCCACCGCCCUGGUGUACCUCAACCUCUCGGCUGUGGUCGGCAUCAGUGCUUUCCUCGGCCUCAAGGGCUGGCGCCUCCAUGAGCGUGGUGCGCUGAGCUGGAAGACUGCUGGUGUUGGCGCUGCUGUUCUGGGUGCUGUUGGUGUUGUGGAGGGCGUCUUCUCUCGGUACUUUGCCAAGGCCCGCGGCACUAGCAAGUAAUCCUAGAUGGCUCUCGCCGAGGCGCGCGACAACGGAGCUCAGGUGGAAAUGUAUCAUGUCACGCAACUUAUCGAGACAUGUCAGGAUCUUGUUGACGCCUGCACGGCGACACAUGAGAUGGCCAAGUUCGCCGCCCGUGAAGCUCACGAAAGCGAUUGCAAGGCAUUUGGCCACCCCGUUUCCUGUUUUGGGAAGAAGAGGAGUAGAAUGUUGACGAAGAUAGAGCCUAUUCCCAAGGAUGCCUUCACCACGACGCUAUCCCCUCCCUACCUUUCUGUUUUCCCUUUUACUGUUACUCAAGGAGGAGUUGGUUGUCCAUUUAUUUGUAUGGGUUGCAUUGUGUGAUUCUUGCGCAAGUGGGCAGCGGGCAAGUGUGGGAUGCGAUACCAAUCAGUCAUACGGAGACGAAAUCACAACUUUUUCUUUCAAACCAAAGAGAAAAAAAAUACGUUUC